CUGGGAUGAUAUAUUUUGUUGUCCUGUUAAUUUUUAAGUGUGACUAUGUGCAAAUCUGGCAGCUUGAUACCAACUUCUUGUGAGGUGCUGGAAAUGUGAAGUCGAAAUUGACUUCUCUACCUCUUAUCAAGAUACCUCGCUCCUGUAUAAUCAUGGAAGCUACAUUAUGUUCAGAUCUUACAAUAUCUGUUCAACAAGAAGGAUUGUAGGUCAUGAAACCACAAUUUGCUCAUAUACUGGGCACCAUCGAUGGAGGUAUAGAAAGCUUGCCAGGCACAGAAGGCAAUUCGGACUUCGCUGGGACUCCGUUGAACUCUUAUUCGAGAAUACCACGCGGCAACGUGGCUGUGCGCUUCAAGGAUGAUCCUGCCACAGAACCUUUGCGCUCCUUUUUACUAGCUACACUUCACAGCUGUCAGGAACUCAUCAGCACAGCUAGGAGGCUGGGAUUUCCAGAGACGUCUGUGCGUAACAAGUUGCCGUGGUACAGGGAUGCAGUAGCAGACCCCCACGGAGCCGUGGUACUCAGCUUGCAUCAGCGCGAAAUGCUUGCGGCUCAGUCAAAGGGCGCGCUGGCAUCCCAGGAUGUCAAUUACAGACCGAAGCCGCACUUCAGAACAAGCGCUCCUGGCAUCAGGACUGUCAUUGGCGCCAAUGUGCUCUUGGUCUGGCUUGUCUGCACCUUGCGGAUAUGAUGGAUACGCGUAUAUGUGCGUGGCAUGCAGCAGCUACUUUUGCAGGACCACUAAGUGCCAUCCUGCAGGAUUGCCAGCAUUGAUGACAUUACGGGAUUAAUCUUCUGGCAUUGAGGCAACAGCGCGCUUCAUUGCGAUCACUGGGCUUGCAGACUGCGUAGCGGAAUCAACCUGACAACCCAGUUGCAACAGCUUCAACAUGAGCUAUACUGGACAUGCAUGCCUCUGAAUCGUCUGGGCAAUAUGAAAGGCCCUGAAAUGAUUCUGCGGGCAUUGACCUUUGCAUUCAGGUGCAAGACAACAUCAACUUGAACAGCAAGAACCGAGAAAGACACACUUUUGAGUGACCUGCACCAUAAUUAGCGACGGUGUUCAUAACAUUGUAAAAGCCACACUUGAAUGCAAUGGAAUCGAUCAUGCUCCUGGGCCGGACUCCGGAAGCUUCUUGGGUUUACGUAUUUGCAAUUUAACCCGUGAGGCAGCCCUUCCUCAUGUAAAGGAAUUUC